AUGGCUUUAAAUACCCGGAUCCUCCCCCUUCUUGCCCGUCCUCUUGCUAAGGAUGCUGCUGCUGCUGCCACGAGCACUGAGGCUUUCACGCCACUGCUUCAUGUCCUCGUUAAACCUGGGCAGCAGAGCGCAAUCAAGCAUCUCAUCCCCUUCUCCACCCCAGCCCUCUCUGCCCUCUCUGCACACCUCGCCCUCCCUGCCCUUCCCGCAGUUCUUACUCCCCACCCUCUUCCCACCCGCCUUCCGUUUCGCCCCGUUGCUCUCCCCUCCAGCGCUCAAACUCCGGUCCCCCUCAGCCCCAAUCUGCUUCAGGAGAGGCGCGGCGCACAUGAGCGCGACGUUGAGAAGGAAGGAGACGGGCAGCAGGUCCACCCGUUGCAGCAACUCCAGCAGGCUGCUGCGCGUGACAGCACGGGGGUCGUGCAAAGGGUCCAUCCCCAGGCGGGUGAGAAGGCUGCGGAACAUCUCAGUGUGCGGAGGGAAGACAGAGAGGAAGCAGUCGAGAAGAGCGGCGGCGGGGCGGUAGGCGAAGUUGGCGAUGAGAGCGACAACGGGGGCGUGGUGGAUGUACCUGUUGAUGCAGAGGCUGCACUGCAUGCAUGCUGGUGCCUCCAGGAACUUACCGGCGAACUCUACUAUGAAGUCAACAUCUGCCCUGCAGCGGAUGAUGGGAAGAAUCUCGCUCCCAGGAGGAGGCAGCCCUUUAAUGGGAGCUUUCGGGGAUUUUCCCUUCUGCGUUGCCGCGUGCCCUCUGUUCUUGCGACCCAGACUGCCAUUCGUCCGGCCCAGCCCGAAACACCUGGCACUGGUGUCCCGGCUCUCACUGACACCCCUGCUGCUGGUGCCGCUGCUGCUGGUGCCGCUGCUGCUGGUGCCGCUGCUGCUGGUGCCGCUGCUGCUGGUGCCGCUGCUGCUGGUGCCGCUGCUGCUGGUGCCGCUGCUGCUGGUGCCGCUGCUGCUGGUGCCGCUGCUGCUGGUGCCGCUGCUGCUGGUGCCGCUGCUGCUGGUGCCGCUGCUGCUGGUGCCGCUGCUGCUGGUGCCGCUGCUGCUGGUGCCGCUGCUGCUGGUGCCGCUGCUGCUGGUGCCGCUGCUGCUGGUGCCGCUGCUGCUGGUGCCGCUGCUGCUGGUGCCGCUGCUGCUGGUGCCGCUGCUGCUGGUGCCGCUGCUGCUGGUGCCGCUGCUGCUGGUGCCGCUGCUGCUGGUGCCGCUGCUGCUGGUGCCGCUGCUGCUGGUGCCGCUGCUGCUGGUGCCGCUGCUGCUGGUGCCGCUGCUGCUGGUGCCGCUGCUGCUGGUGCCGCUGCUGCUGGUGCCGCUGCUGCUGGUGCCGCUGCUGCUGGUGCCGCUGCUGCUGGUGCCGCUGCUGCUGGUGCCGCUGCUGCUGGUGCCGCUGCUGCUGGUGCCGCUGCUGCUGGUGCCGCUGCUGCUGGUGCCGCUGCUGCUGGUGCCGCUGCUGCUGGUGCCGCUGCUGCUGGUGCCGCUGCUGCUGGUGCCGCUGCUGCUGGUGCCGCUGCUGCUGGUGCCGCUGCUGCUGGUGCCGCUGCUGCUGGUGCCGCUGCUGCUGGUGCCGCUGCUGCUGGUGCCGCUGCUGCUGGUGCCGCUGCUGCUGGUGCCGCUGCUGCUGGUGCCGCUGCUGCUGGUGCCGCUGCUGCUGGUGCCGCUGCUGCUGGUGCCGCUGCUGCUGGUGCCGCUGCUGCUGGUGCCGCUGCUGCUGGUGCCGCUGCUGCUGGUGCCGCUGCUGCUGGUGCCGCUGCUGCUGGUGCCGCUGCUGCUGGUGCCGCUGCUGCUGGUGCCGCUGCUGCUGGUGCCGCUGCUGCUGGUGCCGCUGCUGCUGGUGCCGCUGCUGCUGGUGCCGCUGCUGCUGGUGCCGCUGCUGCUGGUGCCGCUGCUGCUGGUGCCGCUGCUGCUGGUGCCGCUGCUGCUGGUGCCGCUGCUGCUGGUGCCGCUGCUGCUGGUGCCGCUGCUGCUGGUGCCGCUGCUGCUGGUGCCGCUGCUGCUGGUGCCGCUGCUGCUGGUGCCGCUGCUGCUGGUGCCGCUGCUGCUGGUGCCGCUGCUGCUGGUGCCGCUGCUGCUGGUGCCGCUGCUGCUGGUGCCGCUGCUGCUGGUGCCGCUGCUGCUGGUGCCGCUGCUGCUGGUGCCGCUGCUGCUGGUGCCGCUGCUGCUGGUGCCGCUGCUGCUGGUGCCGCUGCUGCUGGUGCCGCUGCUGCUGGUGCCGCUGCUGCUGGUGCCGCUGCUGCUGGUGCCGCUGCUGCUGGUGCCGCUGCUGCUGGUGCCGCUGCUGCUGGUGCCGCUGCUGCUGGUGCCGCUGCUGCUGGUGCCGCUGCUGCUGGUGCCGCUGCUGCUGGUGCCGCUGCUGCUGGUGCCGCUGCUGCUGGUGCCGCUGCUGCUGGUGCCGCUGCUGCUGGUGCCGCUGCUGCUGGUGCCGCUGCUGCUGGUGCCGCUGCUGCUGGUGCCGCUGCUGCUGGUGCCGCUGCUGCUGGUGCCGCUGCUGCUGGUGCCGCUGCUGCUGGUGCCGCUGCUGCUGGUGCCGCUGCUGCUGGUGCCGCUGCUGCUGGUGCCGCUGCUGCUGGUGCUCUAGGCCCUCCUCCUAUUCCCUCUCCCUCGCUCACCACUGUUGCCAGCCCGUUCUGCACUCCCUGCUGUCUCAGCCUCUCUCUGGCCUCCUGA